AUGGCGCUUUGGUACAUGAGCCAACAUAUGAUCCAGACGUUGAUGUUGAAACAAGCAACCCGCUCAGAUCGAAUACUCGCCACUAUUCAGCGCACAAGCAUGUCGAUAGUCGAGAUAUCGACGUCAGUAGUGACAGCUGUGCUCUCCGUUUAUGCUGGCCCGCAUACUUAUGUGACUUUGUUGACUGGGAUUCUGCCCCUGCAGACACUGGCUACAUGGUAUGAGACACAGGCUGGCCAGGACUUUCUUCAUGGACAUGCUUAUGAGCUGCGGUGUCGGGAAUGUGGCGAGUCUGCCAAGCCGUCCGACAUGCUCAAGCCCGCCACUUUUGAUGUCAUCAGAACUAAUCGAUCUCACACACACAUCGGACUUGCUACUCUCCUCGAACGCAAUGGCAACAGGAAUGUGUGCUGCUUAUUGGGACAGUGGUCCGCUUCGCGCAUCUGCGCCGAAAACAUUCAGCGUACGACUGAGGCAGCGUGA